CGGCACAAGCAUAGAGUCGCACAGUAUUCCCUGUGCAUGCUGGGCCGAGCCCAGCCUGGCAGAGGGACUGCGCUGACUGUCAGGGACACGCCGCUAAAGCCGUCAUGCUGACUGCGUGGGAGAGAAACCCACCACCAAACCCAAGAUGAGGGCACACAGGAUAGCUCCUUUCAGCGCGCCAGUCUCUCCCACACUUUGGCAAAUCAUCCUUAUUUUCUCCAUCUCAGGUGGCGUCCUAGCGGUACACAUCAGCAGUCCUGUUGCACUGGUCCGUGGUAUACUGGGUGCGGAGGCCCUGCUCUUGGUCAACUAUUCCAGUGCCAGUGAUGGCCCACCAAUCAUCAAGUGGCAGUUAAAGAGGGACAAGUCUGUGACCGUGGUCCAGUCCAUCGGUGCCGAGCUCAUCGGAACGUUGCGGCCUGAGUACAGGGGCCGCAUCCGGGUGUUUGACAACGGGACUCUGCUUCUCCAUGGCCUGCGGAUGGCAGACGAGGGCACCUAUGAGGUGGAGAUAUCCAUCACUGAUGACGUAUUCACUGGGGAGCACAGUGUCAAUCUCACUGUGGAUGAGCCCGUGUCCAGACCUCGAGUGCAGAUGGAGGCUCACACCGUUCUGGAGCUUACCGAGCGGUUCACCCUGAACUGUUCCCACGAUAACGGAACCAGGACCACCUACAGCUGGAUGAAAGGCGGAAAGCCGCUGGCAAACGAUUCACGCCUACUGCUGUCGCAUGACCAGAAGAGUUUGACCAUGGCGCGAGUGCUGAUGGAAGAUGACGGUGUCUACCUCUGCCUUGUGGAGAACCCCAUCGGCAGUAUGGGCAGCAGGCCUGUCAAGCUCACUGUCUACAGGCGAAGCUCUCUGUACAUCAUCCUCUGUACCGGUGGGAUUUUCCUCCUUGUUACCCUGGUGAUCGUGUGUGCCUGCUGGGAGCCUUCAGAAAAAAAAAAACAUCAGUCUGUCAAGCAUAACACCUUGAAGUAUGUGGCUCAGAACCCAGCCAAGAAUGAGGUUGAUGUUGUACCCAAAACAAUGGAACGAGAAUACAGAAAUCACAUGUCUCUGACCACUCUGAAAGAACAGGAUGGUGAAGACUCCUCUCCUGACGUCUCGCUCAGCCCAUCCGAAACAAACGGACCCACCGGCCACACCGGCCCUGUGCCACCAGCCCCCUGCUCCCCUGAUGCCCUGACACCCUCAGUUCGCAGCUACCCCAGCUCCUCUGCCAGCUUCUUGCAACCGCGUGCCGUCAAUCACUCCACCGAGUCCGUAGCAUCCGUGCCACAUGUGCGUAGUUCAAUGCGCAAGCUCCGCCCCCCAGCAGCCUUUCCGGCAAUGACUCUGCCGGCAGAGCCCGGUGCCUCUGUAGAGUCCAACGGUCAGAAGCAAUCGUGACUGCUGGGUUUACCUUCAAAUCCUCUUAUGGCCAUAAAAAACACCCCAGUAACCUCAGUUUUUCAAUUUAUAUU